GGACCCCUGUGCGGAUCGGAAAUUUUGCCGCACAGCGGCCCAACGAACGCUAACGCCACACGUGGCGGCGGAUCGAACCAUCGGAACGCCACACGAUGGGCACGUGCUUGUGUUGCGAUAAGACGGAUCCUGGUGAGGCCUUUGUCACGCCCGACCAGUUCGCAGACAAACUGGUGAGUCAAGUGUCCAAGCCGUCGGACAAGAAAGGGGAGGUGAUGAUCAACUUGGAUGUGAUUGAGACCAUUCUGAUGGACGGGGAUGGCACCGUGGCAAAGGCAGAUGAGAAGUACGUUUCAGAACAGGAGGUGGAGAAGGCCAUCGUCCGGGUGAACUCGAAGGAUUUGCCCAGGGGCAGCAAGAGCAGCAAUCGAAAGGGCACUGGCUACAUCACCAAGGCUAUGAUGAUGGACAUCCUGUCAAAAGUUGACGAUGAGGAGGACGAGGAAGAAGUACAGACCACGGCCGAGCAGAAGGAAAAGAUCCGACGGAGCUCCACCAGUAGCCGAUGCAAGGAACGCAAAGGCACAGGUUUCGUGAGCAAGGACAAAUUGCAAAAAAUCUUGGCUGCCGCGGGCGAAGAAGAAUAGAAAGCCUCUCUCGCCAAGGAGAAGUAGUGAGGAAAAUUGCACCGCAGGGUAAACCCAGCCCCUGUCUCUGUGAGUUUGUUGAAAGGAAAGUUUAUAGGAAAGCCCAUGGAUU